GUGAUCCAUCUUCGCUCUUAAAUAUUCAAGGACCUUUUCUUACUCUCCUCAUCGUUCUCCCAACCCCGUUGUAUAGCUUCAUCACAUCUCAAUUAGUACAAUAUAUUGAUUAUGCAUUCAGUAUCUUUAUCCAACAUUCGCUUCAACUUCACCAUCCUUUUGGUAUUUAUCUUAUGUUUCAAUGCUCUUUUUGAGGACUCCGAAGCCAAGAAACACCACAAGAAGAAGAAAUCCAAGCGCAAAGCUCGUCAAAGUGGUUACAUCAGUGGCGGCGGUGGAAAUUUGUGGACAUUGAAGUCUGAGGCUUCUGGAAGUCAAAUCACAGACUUUUUCAACUUUGAGAGUGUUAAUCAAGGUUCACAAGGUGGUAUCGCCCAGUAUGUUGACCUCGAGGAGGGCUACCGCUCAUCGAUUGUAGGGUCGAAAGACGGCACCCUCUACCUCGGGGUCGAUACCACGAAACAUGCAGAGAACAGGAAAUCUAUUCGCAUUUCUUCGAAAGACACCUUCUCGCCGGGGACGCUUUUAGUUGUUGAUAUCUUACACAUGCCGGCGGCCUGUGGCGCGUGGCCGGCUUUGUGGACUGUAGCCAAAGAUGGAGAAUGGCCGGAACACGGCGAGAUCGACAUCAUUGAAGGAGUAAAUAUGUUCACGCAGAACUCUCUUUCAGCACACACCAAGACUGGAUUCUGGAUGAAGUCUACUGGGUUUCAUUCCAAAUUCAUGUUGGACGGGGAUCAGCAAACCAACUGCGAUGCUUCCGCAACCAACGAUCAAGGGUGUGGUCUGCGUGAUCCCAGUCAGGCUUCUUUUGGGGAGCCUUUCAACGCUGCUAAAGGAGGAAUUCAUGUAAUGGAAUGGACCAAUGAAGCUAUUAACAUUUUCUUUUUUCCUCGUGACGAAGUGCCGGGGGACAUUGCUUCCGGUCACCCAUCGAAAUCCUCGUCAUGGGGCCAACCUCGUGCAAGAUUUCAGGGCAGCGGAGGUCAAUCCACGGGUGAUUAUUUCAAGGAACAUGUUCUGGUGAUCAAUACCAACCUGUGUGGUCAAUGGCCUGAAGGUGUAUGGAACUCGGCAGCCACUUAUGCUGGUCAACCAAAAUCUUGCGCUGCGAUGACUGGUUAUAGUACCUGCCAAGACUUCAUUGCCAAUGCUGGUGAUCAACUUCACGAAGCUUAUUGGGCAAUUAAAUCGGUGAAGGUUUACAACUGAUCAACUUUGCUCAAGAGCCUAUAAAGCUCGACCUCAUCGAUUUCAACUUAUUCAUAUUGGAAGUAUUUAUCUACGGUAAAUAUAGUUCUACCUAGUUGACGAAGCUGGCAUCAUAUAGAUUAUUAUUUUGAACCAACCAUAUCCUUAUCUUAUUUUUUGUUCUUUUACGUCACAAUGGGGUCUUUGACGAUACGCAAAUCAUGUUCUGAGUGGACCUUUUCACAUA